CGUGUGCACUAGAAACACUCUGGGAACCAAAAGGCCAGUGUGGCGGCGCAACCUCUUGACCUCUUCCUCCAUAUGUACUCAGUGCGGCGGCGCCGUCUCCGGCCAGCCGCACUCACCGAAUACGGCGGCGCUCGCGGCCGCUGGACUCCGCUAGAGCGCGGCACCGUCGCGCGGGCGCACACGAGGCGCCAUACCCGACGCAGCAAUGUCGUCCGGGGCCCGCAUCUCCUCCUUGUUCGCCGCCACAGCCGCCUCGGCGUCUUCGCGGCCUCCGCGUUCUCUCCUCGACGCCCUGUCCGCCGCCACUGAGCGCGCGCGCGCCGGGACGCUCCGCGAGGCGGACGCCCACCACCUGUUCGACGAAUUGCUGCGCCAGUCCGCGCGCGUCCCGGAGCGCGCGCUCUACGGCUUCCUCGCUGCGCUCGCCCGCGCGCCGCCGUCCGCCGGCUGCGGCGACGGCCCCGCCCUCGCCGUCGCCCUCUUCAACCGCGUGUCGAGGGAUUCAGCCGCCCCGCGGGUGCUGCCGCCAACGGCCCACACCUAUGGCAUCCUGAUGGACUGCUGCCUCCGCAUGCGCCGCCUGGACUUAGCGCUUGCCUUCUUCGCUCGCCUGCUCCAGACGGGCCUGGGAGUCGAUGCCAUCGCAUUCACCAUCCUCCUCAAGGGUCUCUGUGAUUCAAAGCGAUUGGACGAGGCUCUCGACAUGCUGCUCUGCAGGAUGCCUGAGCUUGGGUGUGUGCCCAAUGUUAUCUCGUACAGUGUUCUUCUGAAAGGUUUUUGCAGUGAGAAGAAAAUCCAGCAAGCGGUUGAGCUGCUUCAGUUCAUGGCCAAAGAAGGAGGUGUCUGCACGCCCGAUGUGGCAUCGUAUACUACGGUCAUCGAUGCUCUCUUUAAGGAGGGUGAACUGGCUAAAGCAUGUGCUCUGUUCCACGACAUGGUGCAGCAGGGGAUUUCACCUUGUAUUGUGACGUACAGCUGUAUUAUUCAUGCACUAUGCAAGGCCAGAGCAAUGGACAAGGCAGAGAUGUUCUUCCGACAGAUGGUUGAUAAAGGGGUUCAUCCGGACAGUGUUAUAUACACUAGCAUAAUCCAUGGAUAUUCCACUUUGGGUGAAGUAGAUAAAGCAUGUGAUCUGUUCCAUGAGAUGGUGCAGCGGGGAGUGAAGCCAGAUCUAGUCAGCUACUCGACUCUAAUUGCUGCACAUUCCAGAUUAGGGCGGUUGGAAGAUGCUAUGCAUGUAUUCACUCAGAUGAUUGAUCACGGAGUGCCACCUAAUGAGGCUGUUUACUGCUGCUUGAUUCAGGGCUUCUGUACUCAUGGUGAUUUGGUGAAAGUCAAGGAAUUAGUUUCUGAGAUGAUCAGUAAAGGUAUGCAUCUUGAUAUCGUGUUCUUUAGUUCAGUAAUAGAUAACCUUUGCAAAGAAGGAAAAGUUAUGAAAGCACAACUUGUAUUUGACUUCAUUAGACGUAUUGGGUUGUCCCCUGAUAUCAUUAUGUAUUGUUCGCUGAUGGACGGAUAUUGCUUGAUUGGCGAGAUGAAGAAUGCAUUGAGAGUACUAGAUUCUAUGGUGUCAGCUGGACUCGAACCUAAUGCUGUAACUUAUGGUACACUUAUUAAUGGCUAUUGUAAAAGUGGACAAAUUGAUAAUGGACUGAAUAUUUUCAGAGAAAUGUUGCUUAAGAGUGUCAAGCCCUCAACUAUUACAUACAACAUAGUUAUAAAUGGGUUAUUUCGGGCUGGGAGAACCAUUGCUGCAAAGCAAAAGUUCCAUGAAAUGAUUGAAAGUGGAAUACCAGUGGAUAUUGAAACAUAUAGCACUGUUCUUAAUGGACUGUUUGAAAAUAACUGCUUUGAUGAAGCAGUCACUCUGUUCAAGAAAUUAUGUUCAAUGAACGUGAAGAUGGAUAUCGUAACUUUGAAUACUGUGAUUUCUGGAAUGUUUAAAGCUAGGAGAAUAGAAGAAGCUAAGCAUUUGUUUGCUUCCAUACAAGCCUAUGGGCUGGUACCUUGUGUUUUGACAUACACAUUAAUGAUGACAAAUUUUAUAAAUGAAGGGUUGCUGGCAGAGGCAGAUGAUAUCUUUUCUGCAAUGGAGAAGAGUGGUUGUGCCCCAGACUCUAGACUGCUAAAUACUGUGGCCAGGGCAUUAGUGGGAAAAGGUGAAAUAAUCAGGGCUGCAAAUUAUCUUGCUAAAAUUGAUGAGAAAAAUUUCUCACUUGAAGCUUCAACUAUUGAGAUGCUUAUUUCUCUCUUCUUAAGAAAAGAUGCAUGGCAGGAACACAUAAAAUUGUUCCCUGAAAAGUAUCAGUUUCUUAUGGGAGUCUCCCACAUUUGACACAUUAUAUAUGUAUUUAAUCCCCAGUGUAUACUCUUGAGUUUUGUUUUUCACAAGGGAUACUAUCAGCAUAAAAUUAGUCAGCCAAUGAUCCUUUCCUUUUUGUUCCUUUUUGUGUUGAGGGGACAAGAAUGUAUUGUUGGGAAGUUUUUGUCUUGUUGUAUGGUGACCACCAUGGUGCUUAAAGGAAGGAGUGAAGCCUAAUUUAA